GAGAUGUCGCUGCCACCUUUACUGCUGCUGCUGCUGCCGCUCCUGAUCCUGGACCCUGCAGGGGCCUCGCUGAUCAGGAUCCGUCUUCACCGAGCCCACACUGGACAAGGGACCUUGAACCCACUGAGGGGAUGGGGGAAGCCAUCAGAGCCCCUGGGACUGGGCACCCCAUCCCCUGGGGACAAGCCCUUCUCUGUGCCUCUCUCCAACUACAUGAAUGCCCAGUAUUACGGAGAAAUCGGGCUCGGAACGCCCCCCCAGAACUUCACUGUGGUCUUCGACACUGGCUCGUCCAACCUCUGGGUCCCGUCCAGGAAAUGCUACUUCACCCCGCCGUGCUGGUUCCACCGCCGCUUCAACUCCUCAGCCUCCAGCUCCUUCAAACCCAAUGGGACCAAGUUUGCCUUGCAGUAUGGAACUGGGCGGCUGAAGGGCUUCCUGAGUGAGGACAGGCUGACCCUCGGAGGAGUCACAGCACAAUCUGUGACCUUCGGGGAGGCUGUGUCGGAGCCCAGCCUGGUCUUCACUUUUGCUCGCUUUGAUGGGAUAUUGGGCCUCGGCUUCCCCACUCUGGCUGUGGGAGGAGUUCGGCCGCCGCUGGACGUGCUGGUGGACCAGGGGCUCCUGGAUAAGCCUGUCUUCUCCUUCUACCUCAAGAGGGACCCCAAAGCUGCUGAUGGAGGAGAGCUGGUUCUGGGCGGUUCAGACCCCACACACUACAUCCCGCCCCUGACCUUCCUGCCUGUCACUGUCCCUGCCUACUGGCAGGUCCGCAUGGAGGGGGUGAAGGUGGGUGCAGAACUGACUGUUUGUGUCCAGGGCUGUGCUGCCAUCCUGGACACAGGCACGUCCCUCAUCACAGGACCCAGGGAGGAGAUCUGGGCCCUGCACAAGGCCAUAGGAGGAAUUCCCUUUCUGGGUGGGCAGUACUUCAUCCCAUGCUCGCUAAUCCCAAAGCUCCCCACAGUGUCCUUCUUCCUCGGGGACGUCUGGUUUAACCUCACGGCCGAGGAUUACGUCAUCCAGAUUGCACCGGUUGGCGCCUUCCUCUGCUUGUCAGGCUUCCAGGCUCUGGACGUUCCUCCGCCGGCGGGGCCCCUCUGGAUCCUCGGCGAUGUCUUCCUGGGCGCCUACGUGGCCGUGUUCGACCGCGGGAACUCGACGGGCGACGCCCGGGUGGGGCUGGCGCGAGCUCGCCCUUCCCCCGCGGGAGCGCCGGCGGGCUCCGCCUCCUCCCGCCGCAGCCCGAGCCGCAGCCGCUGGCCCCGCCCCAGCCCCGCGCCUGCGCCCUGCGUCCCGGCGGCUAGCCCGGCCUCGGGGGCGGGGCCGGACCCGCUCCGGCCCUGUCCGCCAGGUUAUGGCCCCGCCCCUUCCUUCAGCCGGGCGGGCCCUCCCGCCUCCCUGCUCGCCCGUCCGCCCCUCCGCCGGGCCUCCGGCCUGCAGUUCCCCGUGAUUUGGGCCCCGACCCCUGUCCCUCGCCUGUGGGAAGGGCUCGCGCUGCCCCCUAAGGCCCCGCCGGCCCUCCUGGCCCUCUCCCGGUGCCGUUUCGCGCGAGUCCUCGAAGGUCCCCACUUCCAGUUCCCGCGCCUCGCCCGGCCCCGCCCCCCGCGCUCCCGGCCCAAUCGGGGCCGCGCUCCUUUCCCGGGCCCGCCCCGUGUCAGGGCCGCCGCCUCGUGCGGGCUGCGCCGAGAGCGCGGCCCCGGCUCCUCCCGCCCCCCCGGGUCGGGCUCCGCUUGCCCGCGCCUUAGGGCCGGGCGGGGCUCGACUGUGUCGGAUCAGGGCCAGCGCCCCUGCACUGUGGCCCCAGCCCUCCCCGCGCCCGUCACGGCCGGCCGGCGCGCCCUGGGGAGCGCAGACUCCACUCAGUGCCCGCGGAGCCUGUCCCGGCGCGGCCGCGCCCCCGGCCUCCUCGCGCGGCCGGGCCAGGCCAAGGGAGCGGCCCGCGCCGCCUCCUUUAACACCUAG